AUGAUAGCAAAUACUAUAAUUAAGACCACUUCGGGAACAGUGAGGGGUCGAGUGGUUGUGGCGCUCAACACAACUCUAUACCAAUUUCAAGGCAUACCAUACGCUGAGCCACCCAUCGGUGCGCUCAGUUGUAUGCAAAUGGAAGUACCGUUUUAUCCGUGUCCUGUCCGACAGAGUGAAGACAGUCUUGUGCUAAACAUAUGGACACCAACUAUAAUAGACACCACAGAUAAUACAACCAAUCAGUCACUCAAACCGGUUAUGUUUUGGAUAUACGGCGGCGGUAAUAGCUUUGGUAAUAUCGAUCAAUUCAACGGCUCAGCGCUGGCCGCACACGACGUGGUGUUUGUGGCCCCGAACUAUAGAGUCGGACAAUUCGGGUUCCUAUACGGGGAUCGGGAGGACGCGCCCGGAAAUGUGGGCCUUUGGGAUCAGCUUUUGGCUCUCAAAUGGGUUAGAGAAAACAUACAUUUGUUUGGCGGAGAUAGGGAUCAGAUCACUAUUUUUGGACAAAGUUCUGGCAGUUGGUCGGUGUCGGCGCACAUACUCUCCCCGCUAUGCAAAGGCCUGUUUAAGAGGGCUAUUAUGCAGAGCGGAGCCGUUGUUUAUCACAGGGAUAGGGAUCUGAACAGCAAAGACAGCGCUUUGGCUGAAAGCAAAACUAUAGCCAAACAACUUUGUUGUAGUGAACGCGUGGAUUGGAUACAGUAUUUACGGACAGUUGACGCCAAACAGCUGGUGACGAGUUCCCGACACUUGAUGUUUCCCGUGUUUGGCACCGAGUUUUUGCCACUUCCGGCCCAAACGGCGAUUCGUGAUUAUAAAUUUAAUUCCGGUAUUGAUUUAUUGACGGGCAUCUCAAGCACUGAGGGCUCAAAUUUAACCAGGUGGUUUCUCGCACCCGACAAACCAGUGUGGACUCUGGAUGACUUUGCGAAGUAUGUUAAGGCUUCUGAUGCCUUAUUCCAUGGCAUAGAUGUUCAAAAAGUGAUGGACUAUUACCUGAAAGGUGUGGACACGAGUAGUACACCGGCUCUGAAGCGAGCGUUUUAUGAAUAUUUUGGCGAUUUAUUCAUGAAAUACCCGACAUAUCUGUUCGCCAAACUGUUGGCCAGUCGUGUCCGCAAUCGGCAUAACAUAUACUUUUAUGAACUGACGCAUCAAAACCAGGUGUACGCCAAAAACCUGUUGUGCUCUGAACCGGAGGCGGGUAUCGGCCACUGUAUGGACAUUCCCUUUGUCUUCGGUAAGUCUAUUGUCGGACCUAAUGUCAAGAGUUAUGAUGAAACCGAUCGCCAGUUUAGUCGUGAUGUGAUACGGAUGUGGACUAACUUUGCGAAAUAUGGCAAACCGGACGACAAAUGGCCGCAACUGUUGAGUGAUCCGAAUGUACCGAAAGUGAAGGAUUUAAACCCCGACCCAAACCGACCCCCACUUCACGACCCAUACGGACAACGCUAUACAGACUUUUGGGAAUCAUAUUUUAUAUAA